GCAAGGCAUUGUUACUAAUGAGAAAAAAGAAUAACAGAGACCAAAUUAAUGACACCAGUGGCCCUAAGAAUAAAACCACUGACCUAUACUUGGAGUUGUGUAAGUCGUAUAACUAAACCAGUCUUCGAUACGCAACCAAAUCCCACUGGUUGGGCGUUUCUCCCCAGUAGCCAAUUUGAUGAUUGCACCGUAAGACAUCUUUGUAUGACAUCGGAUAUCUUUUACUUAAUUUACAAACUUUUCCUCUUUCUGUCAAUUGAACACUUAACCACUGGUGUCAACUUAAGGCUAACUAGGAAGUGGUUGUUUUAGUUCACGUGCGAUCAGCUGAUGAUGGCAUCAUCCAUAAACAUCUUGAAAGCCGACUCUGUUCUUCGUCUCAGUACUUUUUUAAAACGUUGGAAACCGGCAUGGCUAGUUCUUUAUGGGAAUGGUGAGCUGCGGUACUUUGAAAGUAAGGAUGAUUAUGUAGCGAAAGCGACUAUUAAUGUUCCACGAAUAUGCAGAGAAAUUCUAUCUGGUCACCGAAAUAUCGAUCCACCUAAAGAUCGUUCUAGCGAGUGCAUUUUCGGCCUCAGGACAGAUGAAUCUAAUUGGUAUUUCUGCGCCCAGUCACCUGAUGACGCAGUAGUAUGGCGUCUUGCUUUAUCUGAAGUAAAAGGGAUGUCCAUACCUCGCUAUCGAGUUCGUAUGCCACCUCCAGAAGCUCCACCACCAGGAUAUACAGAUGGCACAAACUACUAUCAAUACGCAUGUCCUGCUGAAACCACAGUUCCUUUAUACCAAGCUUCUGGAGGAAUGCGGGAAGUACCUAUUAUAUACCGUGGUUCAGAUGGUGAAUAUAUAAUGCCACGACAGAUUAUUGAACAUCCUGAUGGAUCGCGUACAAUUAUCCUUGGUGAUGGAAAUGAAAUUCCAUGUCAUUGUCGACAUGGUUAUUAUUGUGGAUGUGGUUAUGGUUUUGGUGAUGCAGCUUUAUUAGGUUUAGCAGCUGGUACACUUAUGUGGUCUCCAUUCUUAUGGUUCCCAUUUUUCUGGUGUUGAUAAAGUCGAUGAUGAGGAUGAAGUUGAUUUACACAAACACUGUCAGAAUUCUGUCACAAUACUCACAUUUGUAAUUCGCUUUUUAUCCAUUUUGUUGAGAUUUUUUUUUGUUGUUGUUAUAAGGUGGUAGUUGACUAAUGAAUAUUUUUCAUUUCAUGCUAUCAUAGUAUCAUUUUUCAUCAUUUUUCUUGUGUUCUCUCUGUGUAUCUCUCUCUCAAGUGGAUAUUCAGGUGUGUUUUUUUUAUGUUAAAUGGUAAUUUCUACUUGUUUUGUUUUCUCAUUCACUGUGAUCAUAUUCACCUAUUUCUUUAUCUUAUUAACAUAAGAAUAUUUUUGGAAUACUUUGUUUUAUUCAUAUUGUGAAUUGUGCUUUUCUGAUAAAACAGUAAUAAUAAUAAUAAUAAUAUAUAUCAUAAGGGGUUUUGUGGAUAUUAUAGUCAUUUUAAUAGUUGAGAUCAUGAGUCCAUUGAAGUUAGAUCAUCAUGGAAAACAUGGGAUCACUAGAUGGUUGUUUUGUCGUAGUAUGGUACUCUUCACCAGUGCGCAUUCAUGAUCAGCUCAGUGGUCUAGAGGUUAAGCGCUUGUGUGCGAGACUUGGGUUCGAAUCUCGCCAGGCGGGAUCAUGAAUGUGCGCACACUACUGAGGGGUCCCAUACUAGGAUAAAACGGCUAUUCAGUGCUUCCAGGUUUUCUAUGGUGGUGUAGCUUCAAUUGAUUCAUGAAUUGAACUAUUAAAAAUUAUUUUAAGUUGUUGGAUUAACGGAAAUGUUAAGUGGGCAAAAAGAACUUAUUUACUUUUUUCAUCAAUUCCAGUUUAAACAGGUAAAUAGUACGUUUAUAUAGUUUGUCUUAGUUUUCGUUUAAAGAAAUAACGGUUUGGAUUACAGUUGUCUCGUAAUUUGGCGUUGAUGUCGCACUAAGCGCUAGAGCUGAGGCAGCACUAGUCGAUUGGAUCCCCAUUAACAGUCGGUUAUGUGCUGUUAGAUUAGAAAGUUCCAUCGAAGUGAGGAGAAAUCGGAGUGAGAAACGAUGUCUUUUCGUCAUCUCCGCCUACGCUCCGAGAAUGCAGCCCGGAUGCAAUCAAGGAUGAGUUUUACCACCAGUUAUCUGUUCUUCUCCAGAAAGUGCGUUCGACAGAUGUUGUAGUACUAGCCGGAGACUUGAAUGCUCAGAUCGGGCGUCUAGGCACAGAAAAGUCGUUUAGGUGGCCGAUGGGGACUUGUUGGUCGCAGGUCAGAUAACGGGGACCGUCUACUGCAACUUUGCACAGACCACAACCUGUUUCUGGCUAGCACUAACUUUCGGCACAGUCAUCGCCGAUGUGCCACCUGGCGUCCUCCCUCUGCAUCCCAAGCCUGGACUCAGAUUGAUCACACCGCGACCAGCUACCGCUGGCGUGGUUGUGCACAAGACUGCCGCUCCUUUUGGAGUACCUAUCUGGACUCUGACCAUGCCUUGGUCUGCGCCAAUCUUGCCUUACUUUUCAGUGGACAACGAAGUGACCACCACCAAAGGAUUGAUGUUAGCAAGCUGGUUGCAACUUCUGAUGCAAAUAAGUAUCGAACCGAGCUAGCUUCUAGGCUAGCUACCAUCCCACCGAAAAUUAUAGAUGAGCAUUGGUUGCAAUCGCAUGACGCCAUGAAAAUGGCGGGUACAGUCGGUUGUGGGUUCGCGAAAGGUCCCGCUCAUAAGCAUCGGGUUUCUGCAGGUUCCUUACAACUCAUUGAAGCCCGUCGGUCUACUCCGGGUGACCGUGAAUUUGACCACAAACGAAGGAUGUUACGUAAUGAAAUCGGGCAAAGCUUGCUUAAGGACCGAAAAGCCUGGUGGUCGAGGCGUGCUAAUGAGCUGGAAGGAGCAGCUGCAUCUGGUAACUACCGGAAGCUCUUCCAACUCAUCCGAGCCACUGGCAGGAAGAAGUCUGGUGUGAGUGAAACAAUCUGCGAGGGUGAUGGGAUGCCAAUCACUAACAUCCAUCGACGUCUUGGACGGUGGGCAGAAUUUUUCGAAGGGCAGUUCAACUGGCCUGCUGCUCUGGCAACAUCGGUCAGACUGUCCUGCCCUCCAUGGCCGGUGACGACUGAUCCACCAAACGAGGAGGAAGUCCGCAAGGAACUCCAACUCUUGAAGCGUUACAAAUCACCUGGCCCAGAUGACUAAACUCCGGCUCUUUUUAAAGAUGGUGGUGACUAUUUGACUAAGGAAUUGACGACGUUGUUUACAAAGGUUUGGGAACUAGAGAGUGUACCAACGUCAUGGAAUGAGUCGAUAGUUGUCCCUAUCUUUAAAAAGGGUUCACGCCGUUCUUGUAACAACUAUCGGGGGAUAAGUUUACUUCCGAUUGCGUCCAAGGUAUUGGCUUCCGUCAUUCUUCGUAGGUUGUCCAAAACCCGAGAAAGAUUGACUCGCGAGGAGCAGGCUGGGUUUCGUUCUGGUCGAGGAUGUAUUGAUCAUUUCUUCACCCUCCGCCAAAUGUUAGAACACCGCCAUACUUUUCAAAGGCCAACAAUCGUAGUGUUUCUUGACAUCAGGGCUGCCUUCGAUUCGUUGGAUAGGACUGUUCUCUGGGAUUGUCUAUUGAAGAAGGGUGUGCCUGAGAAGUUUAUUGACAUCCUAAAAGCCCUAUAUAAAAACACCUCAGGCAGAGUGAGGGCAUACAACCACCUUUCUCCAUUAUUCCAUUCGAGCAGUGGGGUUAGACAGGGUUGCCCAAUCUCACCAUUCCUCUUCAACUUUGCCAUCGAUGACAUUCUGGAAACAGCUCUGAUGAAUGUAAGUAAUGGUGGUGUGGAUCUGUUGCCUGGAGAAAGACUUCUCGACCUUGAG